AGCAUGGACAUAAGGAGAUUUACGGGCAGCAUUUAUCAGUCCGAUAUCCUUACACGCACCUGUUUCUUAAAGGAAUAAUGGCACAGCGCAGCUACCGCUUUGCACAAUGAUCAUCUAAAGAGAGCUAUUUUAUACUGUAUUUUCAAGAAUGUACAAGUUCUGGUGCUGUGGGCGUCCCGAGGAGGACGCCGAACGAAAUCUUGAGUGCAAACACAGUCCGUGCGAAGUGGUUAAGCAGAGCAAGGAUGUCGGGGAGGAGCCUGUUAUUGCCCCUCAGGGUGUAAGGACCUCAACUUGGGUGGCGCAGCUGUAACCGCUUGUACCAACUUGGUCGAAAUGGCUACACGGGGGGGCUCCGCAACGUUCUGGCCUACCCGGUUACUGUCGCAAUUACAGACUUUCAGUUGUUUGCUUAGCACCUCUACCACCAGGCUUGCCGUCUUUGCAAGGACGCAUGGUAACACAUCGGCUUGCGUUUUUACGGCGCCGAGCCCUACACAUUGCUCUUGGGAUCGUCCACCGACAGCUCAGGGCUGGACCCGAACUGCUCUGCACGACCAGUUGACAAAGCACCUGCACGACCCCGACGUCGUCACCGUCAUCAGCCGCUUCCACGACGUCACCCACGGCCCCGACGCCGCCUGCCUCUCCGCCCACACCUGCCGCUCCUCCUCCUCCGUCACCACCACCUCCAUCACCACCACCGCCUCCACCGCCAUCCCCACCACCCCACCCGCCACCACCACCGCCACCGCGCCCCUCAACCUGCGCCCCGGCGACCUGCUGGUGCUGCCCAUCACCUGCGACGGCCGGGUGGCGGCGGCCCUCAUCCUGGGCUGGGGCGCGCCGCUGCCCACCCGGCCCACCCGCCCCAGCAACGGCAUCAGGAGCCACCACCUGCACCACCACCUGCAGCACCAUGCGCACUACCACCACCUCACCCACCUGCAGCCGCACUACAAGGCAGGCAGCCUGGGAGCCCCCAGCACGGGGGCAGCCAGCGCGGGGGGGGGAGGGCUGGGCACAGGUGGAGCCGCCAACGGCGGUGGCGCGGCUAACGGCAC